UGGCGUCGCGAUCAGCCGGCCGGAGUUUUUCGACCGCGACGAACUCAAUCGAUAGUUUUUAUCGGUCACAGUCGGGAGUAUGAUAAGUCGCGGCUCCGGUUUGGAGGUUAGGGUUAGGUUAGUGACUCGUUGACAUCGCGGCGACGGCGGACGCAGUGAAGUUUUCGGUGAGUGAGAGAAUCAUCGGGCAUUGCUGGACCGUGAUGCGAAUCGAGUAAUCGCCGGACGAUCGUUCGUCACCGAUCUUUACCGCGAGAAAACCGAAUCGUGCGAAACGACGUACACACGGGUGAGCAUCGGCGCGAUUCCGUUGACGGAUCUGUUUAUAUCCCGCGCACACGGUCGGAGCCAGAUCGCGGGUGGCAUCCGCCGAGCGCGUCCAAAAAUAGAACGGCGGCGGCGCCUACCGUGUCGACGAACGAAUUCCGUCCGCGCGGACGAGAGAGAGAGAGAGUGAGAGGGUGGAAAGAGAUAGGGGAGUAUCGUCCUCGGAAUUCCGGCGACGAGAUAGGCGCCGAUGACACGAGGAUGGAACGCGUACCGCGAUAGCCGUCCUUUCCCUUUCUUCGACUACCGCGUAUAUACAACGAAUCCGGAAUGUUCCUCGCGACCUACGGAUCCGUCGUCGACCCGAGUCCCGCGUGCUGUUGACACAUCGCGCUGAGCCGUUCGAUCGAAUGUCCGAUUCCGCGAGUGGCGCGACUUCCACUCUCGUCGGGGGAGAAACAGGGUCAAUCGGGGUUGCAGCGGCGAGGAUUUCGGAGAGAGGGCGUCGCGUCUUGACGCCGGGGCGCACUUUGGCGUGAAGUUCGCGACGAUGCCUGGACAUUUAUCGUGCGUGCGGCACGCGUCGUCGCGUGUCGCGAGAUAGACGCGCGUCGGCGGCGACCGCGAGAGCAUCGAUCUCUCCGCGCGGGCGCGAGGCGCCGCGAAUUGAGAUUCGGCGGCACGCGGCGAGCAAUCGGGGCGCAAAUGAGGCGCGUGGCGUGCGACGGCGGGUGGCACCGAUCGGCGGCAAUACCGAUGACGACCGUUCGUUGCGAGACGGCCGAGGCCAAGCCCCAGUGAGAAGAUGUCGCAGACCGCGGAUGCCGAAAGCGAGACGGGCUCCAUUUGCGACGAGGAACGCGUCCGGAAGCUGUUCCAGGCAUGCGACGGCGACGGCGAUGGAUACAUCGACAGCCAGGAUCUAUUGACGGUAUGCCGGGAAUUGAAUCUCGAGAAUUCGGUGGAGGAAUUGAUGAGGGAAUUGGGCGCGGACGAGCAGGGUCGCAUUUCCUAUCAAGAGUUCCUUAGGCGACGACUGGCCCUCAGACCGGAAAUCGAGGCGCUCAGAGCCGGCAAACGACGGAGCAGUCCGCAUCACACGCCGGAAUACCUGCCCACAAGCAGCGACAACAGCCUCGGAACCGUGUCGGGACGACAUGAAAGUUGGGAAUUCGACAGCGGCGCCCGUGAUUUGUCGCCGGAACCUCAUAGCCUUCAGAAGCUGGUGGAGGCGGCCGCCGGCGGAACCGGAAAUAUGCUGGAUCUCGCGAAUAAGCUGCAUGCGGCCGCGCUCUCCUCUCUGCGGUCCGAGGUGGCCGAGCUGAACUCGCGCCUGGUAGCGGCUACUCGCGCGCGGGAGGCAGCCGAGGCCGCGCUGAUGCGGGCGGAGGUGCAGGCGGCCCGCGCUGAUCAGCGGGCGGAACAGCAAGCGGCGCGGCACGAGGAGCGGCUCACCGAGUUGCAUUCCGUCAUCGCCGAGCUCGGCAGACAGCUGGAGCGGCAUCGCGCCACCGUAAUUGCCGAGGAGGACGAGUCCGAGGUCGAGACGAGCAGGGACGCCGAAGGUUCCAUCACUAAUCCGGUGGAGGAAAGCGAGGGCGGCGGAGACAUCCAAGGAGACGGUGAUCGUACCUUGGGGGAUGCUGAUUCCAGUUGCUGCGAUGAUGAGAAUCGACCGGUCGAGAAUGGCAGGGAACAGCUGGACAGUCCAGCCGCGUUGCCGACUCCAGAACCGACGCAGCAAGCAAUGUCUUGUCAGAGCGUCGCCGUCGCGACGCUGCAAGAAGAGACCAUGGCAUUACGAGCGGAGAUCACGAGUUUGCAGGCGCAAUUGGCUCAUUUUAAGAAUCAGACCGGUAAUCAGAGGCAGACGACGGGCAGCGAUUCGCCGCGUCGAGAACUUAGAACAAGGGGUAACACCAGCUCGCCGGAGCCUUUGACGGCGCCAUGCUCGCCGCUUUUACCACCACUACAGACACCUCCGACGAAGAGCGUAACGAGGGAAGAACCGCCGGUUCUCAAAAUGGCAGAGAGGGUGAGAUUGAGGAGAACGGACGAGAGGCACAUUACCGGUCCGGACAUCACUAAUCUCGGAGUAUGUUCCACCAUGGUCGCCGAGCAUCUCGUAUCGGAUCUCCUGGAGCAAUCAAAUCUACAGGAACUGAACGGUUCCGAGAAGCAGUUCGAGGUCGAGACGGAGCGAUUGAACAGCAGGCUCGAGCACGCGCGGGCGAACAACGCGGUUCUCGCUCUCACGUUGCACGAGAGCAAGGCGCAAUGCGACAGGUUGAGCUUAUUGGUCGGCAAGUAUGAAUCGAACGCGACGGCGUUGCGGCUCGCGCUUUCGUACAGCGAUCGCGCUAUCGAGGCCUACGACGUUCUCGUCGCUCUAUUGGAAAGCGAGAUCGGGCUCUCUACCGAGAGGAGCAACGUGACAAUCGAUAAUAGAAGGGCGGCCGAGAACGUUGCGUAUCAUGUCUUGAAUAGACUCGAGAACGACUGUACUAAUACAUUGGGUGCUCCGUGGGAAGACAGCAUGGUCUUAUCGGACGAUUCGGAAGUAAUGUGGAACGUAGAAGACGAGCAACGACUCAGGAGGCACAUUAGUAGAUUGAAGGGAGAACGUACGAUGGUGAGAUCCACGGCGGUCGAACUGGAAAGUGUACACGCGGAACCUUUGAACACGAAGAACACCAUCUCUCUGGCGGAAGCCAGGAAACUCGAUUUGGAAACUGCCGUACUUAUGCAGGAACUCAUGGCCAUGCGAGAAGAUAAGGCUGAGUUGCGCGCCAGGGUAUUUCUUCUGGAGAAGGAACGCGCCACCAUAGAAUUGAAGUUAAACGCACGGGACACGCAGAUCGCGGCCCAACACGCUACCAUACAGCAUCUCCAGAGCCAAUUGAGCGAUGCGGAAGCUAUGCUCGCAAUGGCAACGAACAAGGAUCGCGGUUUGAGCAACAAUGAGAGCGAGGGGAUGGAGUCUGAGCUAAUCGAAGCACUAGGCAGAGAAGCGAGGCUGAAAGAACGUCUGCAGGAAUUGAUCUCGACCUUGGACGAAGUCAAUAAGAAUUCCGAACUCAGGCAUCAGCAAUCCGCCGAACUUGUCAACGAUUUGAAAAGAGCUAACGGUGCAUUAGUUCAAACUCUGGAAAAGUCCAAGAAGAAAUAUCAAUCUAGACUGAAAAAGUUGGAGCAACAAAUGCUGGGAAUGGUAGAGAGGCAUGCUGCGCAGGUAUGAUUAAUUAUAGGUGAAAACGUUGAAGCAACGAAUAGCUUUAUUAGAGGACGAAUCGAUGGGUUAUAAAGGAAGCAUAGCACUGCAGUCUCAAAGCUCUGGUGCUAGCGAGACAUCGUUAUGACAGUCGAGUGACUGAAUGAUAGAAGACGAGGCACAGUGCAUAAGUUCAACGAUUCAAGAAUUACUGCUAACGUCUUUCUUGUCGUUACGAGAAGACAAGAUUACGCGAAACGAAGAUUGAACCCAUGUAUUUUUUUAUACCGAAUAAUCGGCCGAAAGUAAAAAUGCUUAGCUAUUCGCUUUGUAAUUAUCACGAUAUAUUGACGCUGUCCUAACGAGAAUAAAAGAAAAAGAAAAAAAAAAAAA